AUGAGUGGCCCAUCGAGGGUGUCCUCGGAAACUCGACAGGUUCGUCCUCACUCACAAUCAAUCACCUCACCUACGCUCAGCCGGCCUUGGAGUCAACAAGAAGAGAUUGAUCGAUUCGCAACAAUUCCGCAUAUACGCAGCGACAUCUCAGAUAAUGUCUCGCCUAUUUCAACGACACAUGUCGCGAAGGAACUACCACCCAUUCCGCCAUUGUCAGCAAUUGCGUCGACUGAGGAGCCAGAGCGGGAGGUCAGCGAGCCAAAGUCCGAAAGCAAGCAUGAAAUCCCCGAGGCGUUGAGAAUUGUACAUCCUAGUUUUUCACGACCUCAACGACCAAGAUUACAUAUAAAUUCUGAGUCCGACUUCAUAGAUGAAGAUGCUAGAGCUUCACAGAUUCAGAAACGUGGGACUGUUAUUGCACGGAAACCAGUGGCGGUACCUGGAGUCCAUGUUGAAUCCAGAAGGCCGUCAUCGACGACGCCAUCGCCUCAUUCUCAUCAGCUACCACGUAGAACAGUGUCCUCUGAUGGUUUAGGCAAUCAUACUGCAAUUGAUACCUAUGGGUCGAGAAGAUCCUCUCGGGUCAUGAGCAACAGCUUCAUACACUGGUCCAAAGUUAUCUGCGGUUACUUAUCUCUGCUCAUUCCUAUCCCUUUCUUCGUACUUGCUAUCGGACUUGCAACUUUGGAUGGAAAAGCUACUGAACAAAGGAGCAACUGGGACGUAUACCAGAACUUGACGAAAGUUGCUGGGACCUUGUUCCCAAUAGCCUUCGCUCUUAUGCUCGGAAGAGCGCUGCUGAAAACGGCAUCAUACUCUCUGGAACGUGGCAGCACACUUCAGAAAUUGGAACAGCUGAUGGGGAGUCGAACAUUCAGUGGAGCCAUAGGAACACAACUCCAACUCCGCAGCUUCAACACUCUCGGGCUUCUAAUAAUAGUGUUGUUCUUGCUAUCCCCUGUUGGAUCCCAAGGGUUUCUUCGUUUCAUAUACCCUAGCAUAAGCUCAAAAUCCUCCAUAACGACCAUACCCUACUUCACGACUGACUCCCAGUCGCAACUCGCCGAUAGCGAUAUAUCCACCUGGCCUGCAACAGCGUUUAGUAUACUUAAUUCAAUCUAUAUUGCCGCGGUUCUUACCCCAAUUUCGAAAAAAGCCUCUCCGCUGGAUCUAUGGUCUAAUAUCAAAAUUCCAUUCUUGUCCUCUCUACCUUCCAUCAACACUACCGAGUAUGUUCCGAUACCCUCUGAUACAACGAUAGUCUACGUAUCUCUUGUUGGAAUCCCAAUAUCCGGUCUCCAAACCGGCCGUACAACAUUUGCCCUCGAGUCGAGCUAUCUUGAGUUGAACUGUGGAGAGCCAGCGCGACAAACGGGAGUCUUCAGCCUGACGACAUUACAGGCGAAUACAUCUACUAUAAACGAAACAUUUCACGGGACUUCGGCUGACGUAGAUAUUAAUGGUACCGCAGGCUGGAGUCUGGGCCUCCAAAGAUUCAUUAGCCCGCUUUUCAAUGCUACACAAAGCAUUCCGUCGCCUGUCCCAAAGGUAUGCCCACUUCCACAGAUAGGCUCGCCGAAUCCCCCUCAACCAUUUAUAUCGGCGCCCUGUGCGCUCUCGGCGCUUGGAGCAGAUCAAAUCGGUUCUUCCACCCUCUUGUUCCAAGCAACAAUUCCAAGUGCAGCGGACGGCUCGACUAUCCAAGCGUUUUGCCAGAUGAAAACCGUCUAUGUCGAGUCAGAGGUGCUUUGUACCGGAGACUCGCUACCUUUAGCAUGUCGAGUAACAGGACAGCGUAAAUCUUUGCUACCACAUGCCCCAGAGCUUCUCACGCCAUUGGCAUUUCCAGCAGUAUUCGCACAACUCUCAAAACUACUUCCACGAGCAUUUAAAACGACACUUGAAUCACGAACCGCAGACCCGUCGUUACUGUACCUUAUCAACCCAGAUCCAGCAUCACUAAUAGAAACAUCAGUGACUCUGAACAUAGCCAAUAUCACAGGAGAGAUUCUGAGCAGGAGACUAGCGCAGUUGAUAAACACCUACUACAUGCUCUCACAGGCACCAACAAUUAUCCCGCUAGGCGGCCCAGAAGCAGCAAUGAUGAAGGGCUAUCCUUCUCUGACCGCAGACGUCACAGUAAGUGACGAGUUUUGGAAAAUCAACUGGGGAUGGUUCAGCGUGGCAAUCGCUGGGACGUUAGUCAUGUUCGUAGCUGGAGUUGUAGCUAUAGUCUUGGAUCUCAAGACUACCAAUCCCGAGUUCUUGGGAACUGUCAGUAGUCUUCUGUUGGAUUCGAAGUUUGUGGAGAUGGAAAGGAAAGCAGGGGAGGAUGCUUGGGAGACAAGCGUCAGAAAUAAAGGGUUGAGGUUGAAGAUGGGGGCGCUAGGGACGCAUAUGGGAGCUCCAGUUGUUGUUGCGCGGGAAGAUGAUGUGGUGAGCAUGAGGAGUAGGGUAAGGAGUAUGAUGUCUUCUCGGUAUAAUUGA